UUGUGUUUAUUGCGAUAUUAAAUAUGGAAAAUAAAAAGGAAAAGAAACAAGAAAAACUGAAAAAAACAGAAAAAGUAAUAUCCGAUCCACAUCGCGAAUAUUUGGAUAUGGAUACCGAUGAGGAAGGCUAUGAACGACGAGAAACUUCCGAGAGUGAAGAUGAGAUUUCUUCAGAACCAGAAAAUCCAACUUAUACGGAGCAAGAACUGAUAACACUAGUCAGUAUCGUCAUUGUACAAUACGUAAAGGAUUUAACGAUACUCUGUCAUCUUAAAGAAUCGGAUUGGAAUGAAAGCUGCUACGAAGUUAUACGAGAAUAUUUUCAAUGCGUAUCUCAUACUAUAUUGAUUAUAUUUUUCAACCAAAAUAAAUUAAUAGCAUCUUUGAAUCUUUCCGAUUGCAAGGACGUAGAUCUUAUGUAUUUUUUAAGAUCACCCUUACAAAUCUACACAACUGAUAAUUUUCUCAAAACUAUUUUCUGUGGAAAUAUUAACGAAGAUAAAACAAAAUCGUUCUUCAAAUUUCUACAGAAUAUAUACGCUCCUGUUGCUCUAACUAGUAACGAGUGGCCAGAAAUUAUACAGGAUGAUCUCUAUUUGAACUUACACAAUCUUUUAAUGAUUUUAAAUGAGCAACUUUGUAAAUCAAUAAAUCGAACGAUUUUGUAUGUACCAAAGGAACGUUUACCUGAAUUACGUGGAUUUCAAUUAUUUUAUGAGGAUAAUUCCGUAAUAAGAGAAGAAAAAGAUACGUCCAUACUAAUGCAAAAGUUUCAUAUAAAAGAAUUAAUUGAAAGAUUGGAAAAAAUAGUCAGAUGUUGGACAAAACAAAUACAUGCAGCUUUAAAUACUACGAUUAUUAGAAGAAAUAUCGAAAGUAUAAUGGAUGAAUGUAAUCAUUGGAAAAAUGUUUAUGAUAAUUUAAAUUCUUUAAAUAAUCAAUUAUCAAACAAUGAAGUCCAAGCUAUUAUCAAAUUAUUAAAAAAUAUAAAUUCAUCAAGUGUGGAAUCAUUUCCAAUAUUUAUCAGAAAACUAAAAGAAACACUGAUGGAAUCUUCAUCGAAUUUAAUAUACUUAAACAUUUUAUCUGAAUAUUGUACAAAUUUAUAUAUCUCGGAUAAUAUAGAAACUAAUAUGACGAAGAUAUUGCUUCUAAUACUACUCAUUUGGGUGGAAUCACCUUUUUAUAGUAUAACAAAAAAUAUUGGGUCUCUUUGCCGAGCAUUAAGUACUCAAUUAAUAUCUCAAUGUCAAAGAUAUAUAGAUUUAGAGACUGCAAUUAAGGGACAUGCAGAAAGUGGGAUACAUAUGCUAGAGAAAUCUAUAUCUACCUGUCAAAUGUACAAGAAAGUUUAUGAAAAAUUUGUAAAAAAUAUAGCAACUUCCAUUAGUCCUUAUAGAAUAUGGGAUAUAGAUGAAGAAAUGAUUUUUAAUAAUAUUAAUGCAUUUAUACAAAGAUGUCAUGAUAUUAUUGAAAUUUGUAAUGCACGAAUUAUUUUUGAAAGGUGUACUAAAGAAAUAACAUUUGGAGGUGCAAGAGGAAUAGACUAUGAAAAAUGUUGUCAACAAAUCGAAAACCUGUUUUAUGAUAAUUUAAACAAAAUCAUUGCAAUUAAAGAAAAUAUAUUAAACAUUAAAGAUACUAAUUGCAAUAUAACUAUACAUAAAUUUAGAAUAGCUAUAAUACAAUUAGAAAACAUGAUUAAAAAUUUAAUUAACAAAAUUUUUGAAAAUAUUAAAAACAUUGAUGAAGGUAUUGAAGCAAUAUAUGCUUUUGAAAGAUUUAAGUAUCGAACGUGUUUAAAAGAUUUAAUAUACGAAAAAUGGACACAGAUGUGGAAAAUGUUAGAUGAAGAAAUAGAAAAUUGCAAUAUAGCUACAAUUAAAGAAAUAGGUGCAUAUCAUCCACUUAUCCAAUCUUUUUCUAAAUACUUAAAUGUGCAAUACACAAAAAAAUAUUAUUUAAAAACGCAAUAUACAAAAAUGAUAAAUGCAUCUUACUGGUUAGUAAAUUGUGUAGAUGAAAGAUAUUCCCUGGAACGUUAUAACAUUGUAAUAGAUCAGUUAGAAGAUGCUUAUACUAUUAAUGCAAUAAGAAGCUAAUCAUAUGAUUUAAAAAAUUCAAUGAAAAUGAAUAAUUGGAUAACAGUUGAUUAUUCAAAUUUAUGAAUCUAAUAAAAUUAAAUUUUAGUUUUUUUCCAUUUACUUAUAAUGUCGUUUUAAAUAUAAUUAUACAUUAAUAAUACAAAUAUAAAAAAAUAUGUUAGAUAAUACAAAUAAAGUAUUACAUAUUUAGAUAUUAAAAUGAUAAUAUUAUAACAUUUUAAUAGUGAAGUAUUUGUUCAAUAACUCAAUAUAUAAUAUUUAUAUAAGUUACAA